UUAUACCAACGAGUCCCAGAUAAGGAUCAGCGGGAAGACCCUCUCCAACCGGGCCCCCGGGGACACCUGUUCGCCGCGAUCACGGGGACACGGGUCGGGGGGUUAUUAAAAAUAAUGGCAGUAAUGUUAAUUAUUAUGGCGACUGUCUUUGAUCGGAAACUACAAUGUAAUUGGAAACAAACCGCAAAUUAUGAAUAGACUCCUACCAAAUCAAUGACCCUUUCUUUCCAGACCCUUUUUCAUUUUGGAGACAUCUGGGCGCACAGGAGAAAGGCCGGGUCCGGCGAUGGCGUUCCAGCCCGUUCCGUCGCGCCUGCUUGUGGCCGCGCUGUUGGCCGUCGCCCUGGCAGUUUUACCGGUGAGCGGGAACGAGGAGACGCAGCUCCUUAAGGACCUGAUGACGGGCUACAACAAGAACAUCCGCCCGGCCAGGCACGCCGACGACAAGGUGGAGGUGCAGGUGAAACUCACCCUCACCAACCUCAUCUCGCUGAAUGAAAAGGAAGAAACUCUCACCACAAAUGUCUGGAUUGAAAUUCAAUGGAACGAUUACCGGCUGGCCUGGAACACCUCUGCCUACUAUGGUAUCGACGUGCUCCGUGUUCCCUCCAGCAUGGUCUGGCUGCCUGACAUCGUCCUGGAGAACAACAUCGACGGCAAGUUCGAUGUGGCCUACUACGCCAAUGUGCUGGUCUACCCCGACGGCUCCAUGUACUGGCUGCCUCCUGCCAUCUUCCGCAGCACCUGCUCCAUCGAGAUCACCUACUUCCCCUUCGAUUGGCAGAAUUGCACCUUGGUCUUCAGGUCCCAGACCUACAGCGCCAAGGAGGUGGACCUCAUUUUAGCCAUAGAUCUGGACACUGAGCAGCCCAUUGAGUGGGUGGUCAUCGACCCAGAGGCCUUCACUGAGAAUGGAGAGUGGGCGAUCAGGCACCGGCCGGCCAGGAAGUUGGUUAACCCCCGGUACACGCCGGACGACCUGGAGUACCAGGAGGUGUACUUCAACCUGAUCAUACAGAGGAAGCCGCUCUUCUACAUCAUCAACAUCAUCCUUCCCUGUUCCCUUAUCUCCGCGCUGGUAGUGCUGGCCUACUUCCUGCCUGCGCAGGCGGGCGGACAGAAGCUGACUGUCUCCAUCUCCGUCCUGUUGGCUCAGACUGUCUUCCUGAUCCUUGUUUCCCAGAAGAUUCCAGAAACUUCUCUUUCAGUACCUCUCAUUGGGAAGUACGUCAUCUUCGUCAUGUCCGUCACCACCCUCAUCGUCAUGAACUGCAUCAUCGUGCUGAACUACUCUCUCCGCAGUCCCAGCACCCACAACAUGUCACACUGCAUCAAACACCUUUUUCUGGAGUGCGUCCCUCGUUUCCUGGGAAUGUCGUCGCUGGUGGACGACGGCCAGGAGGAGGCGCUGCCGCAGCGCCGCCGCAGCUCGUUCGGCCUCAUGCAGCGGGCAGAGGAGUACGUGCUGAAGCAGUCGCGCAGCGAGAUGAUAUUCAACAGCCAGAGGGAGCGUCACGGCCUCACAAACACCUUUGUGGACGGUAUUGAUGUAAGCACGACAGCCAGCUUGUACAAGAGUCUAGCGCAAGCUGCCCCGGAGAUCAAGGAGUGCGUGGACGCCUGCAACUUCAUCGCGCAGAGCACCAGGGAGCAGAACGACAUCGGAUCCGAGACAGAGAGCUGGGUGCUGAUUGGCCAGAUGAUGGAUAAAUUGUGCUUCUGGGCGGCCCUCCUGCUGUUCUCCAUUGGGACAGUGGCCAUCUUCCUGACGGGACACUUCAACCAGGUUCCUGAGUUCCCCUUCCCAGGGGAGAACAAGCCCUAUGUCCCACCGUAGUGAGCGGGACCUCACGGUGCCCCCUAGUGGCUCUGCAAAAAUAACCUCUGCAGCUGGUGCCACACCUCAAUCUUACAAUCUAAACUUCUUCUCCACGUCUUCCUAGUUAAUCACGAGAACAAUGUUAAUUAUAAUUAUAUUGUUAUCGAUACAUAGUAUUUUAUUAUUAUUAUUAUCUUACCCAUUUAUAUAGUUCACGAUAAUUACUUGCCUAAAUGUUCAUAUUAUGUCAGGCAAAAAUUUAUUGUAUACAUUUUUAAUAAUAAUGCUUAAAUCUUUGACUUGCGAAUGUUUGUGUACAGAGCUGAGACUGUGUCCAUCUGCAAGGCCUUGUUAGACGAAAUCAAACAAUUGUACAAAAUUAAGUUUCAUAAAAUUCAACUUUGUGUCA